UCUUGUCUGUGGCGAUACCGACGUAUCGCGCUUCUCACCAUACUCAGUGUCAACUUGACGACGGUUCGCACUUCAGCUCGCGAUGCGGCUUUCUUGCACCAUCUACUCGAUCACGGCGAUCACGCUUAUUUUAUUCAACAAUAUAGUGUUAUAUGCAAGCGGCACACCGCAUACAGAAAGGUCUCCCAUGUGGAAUUACACUUGGACCGAUCGAUUGAAGCAAGAUCUAUUUGUAAAAUACGAUAAGUUUGCUCGACCGACGCAACAUUUCAAUACGACAGUGGUCAACUUCGACAUUACUAUUCUUUAUGUCGAUGUGGAUGACUUCAAGUCUACCGUCACUAUUAAUGGAUGGGCUUCCCAUACAUGGACAGACGACAAACUCAAAUGGGAUCCUUCCAAAUACGGCAAUCUCCAACAUAUUCAUGUAGGGAACCACGAAGUAUGGCAACCGGACAUUCUAUUGUAUCAUAGCGGAACUUCGAGUACGGUCGAGCAUUACGGCGAUGCGACCUGCAUUAUAUACCAUGACGGUCGAGUUUUAUGGGUACCGCCAGCGCAAUUUGUCGGACUUUGUGAUUUGGAUCUUCGUCUAUGGCCCUUUGAUACGCAGAUUUGUAACAUGACGUUCGGUUCUUGGACGUAUCACGGCGAACAAAUUGAUAUGCAAAUAGGCAAGAAAACCAGUAUGGAAUUUAUGUAUGUAAAAAAUGCGGCGUGGAAGCUAUUGGAUGUGAGUAAACAUCGCGAAGCAGUCGUAUACGCUUGUUGUCCGGAUGCAUAUAUCAACUUAAAUUUUAAGUUGACCUUAAAGAGAAACUCAGGACUUUAUUGCAGUAUAUUGCUAAUGCCUGCUGCCGCUAUAGUUUUCCUGGUUCUGGUCACGUUUUGGCUACCACCUCAAAGUGAAAUGAAGAUUAGUGUUGCGGCCUGUACUGUAUUAAUCAUUGCCGUAUUUUUAGCCUUCUUCGGCCUUAAAGUACCAUUAACUUCGAAUCCUCCGCUCAUAGUUUACUUCUAUAGUGGUUGUCUCUGUCUAGUAACAAUUUCAUUGAUAUUAUCAAUAUUGGUGAUUAAUAUGUCAAAAAGAACAUUCUGCAAACCACUUCCACGGAAUAUCAGACUGUGUCUAUUAAGUUGGCCUGGAAAACUGUUAGGACUUUCCGAGCUUAUAAGUGUGAUCGAAUCGCGACGGCCUAUGCCAGGACAAGAAUUGCGUAGUAAGCUUACAGAGGAAUCCACUACCAAUUCGACGUCUAAUAUUUCAGACGAUGGAGAUCGACAGAAUAUAAUUUCGCCAACAAAGAACACCACGCAGUUGGAAUGGAUUCUCGCGGGCACGGCCAUUGAUCGUAUCGCCUUUGCACUAUUUUGUUUGAUUCUAGCAACAAUGGCAAUAGUGUGCAUAAGUUAGUUAAAAUAUGAAAGUAUGUUUUCUUACAAGUCGCUUUAAUACAUCUCGAUAAUCUAAUACAUGGAAUAUAUAUUAUAUGUAUAUGAAUAAA